AUGUUAGAUUCACUUCAAGAAGCUCAUGAGGGAAACAAGGUUAUAAAGGAAAACAAAAUUCAGCUUUUCACGGUUCAAUAUGAAGUUCGUAAAAUGGAAGAAAGAGAAACCAUUGCAGAAUAUAUGUUCAAAAUCAAUGAUCUUGUAAACAAUAUGAGAGCUCUUGGUGAAGACAUUAAAGAUUCUGAUGUGUGUAAGAAAAUUCUUAGAUCUCUCACUUCCAGAUUCAAUGCCAAGGUCAUUAUUCUAGAAGAUAAAGAUUUGUCUAACAUGAAGAUUGAUGAACUUCAAGCAUCUCUCACAGCUUAUGAGAUGAGAGUUGGUCCUCCUACUUUGCAUAGAAGAGAAACAACACUCAAAGCCAAGGAGAAUGUUGAAGAAGAUGAGUCUAAGUCAGAAGAUGAUCUUGAAGAGGAUGAAGUGGCUUACCUUGCUAAGAAAUUCAGAAAAUUUAGGUUUACAAGGAAAUCUCAGUUGCAUAAUCUAACAUGCUAUGAGUGUGGCAAGCCUAGUCAUAUUGUAUCCAAGUGUCCUAACUCUAAAGGGCAAAAUCAAAGAAAGUUUGAAGAAUUUAACAACAAAGGAAGGUUUGGAAGAAAAGCCUUACUCUCAGACUGGGAAACAGCCAUUGACGAAGAAAAGAAACUUAAAGAAGAUCAAGAAGAUAAAUGUUUAUUCAUGGCCAUUCUAGAACCAUCAAAAGAUUCUGUUGAAGAAGAUACUGACACAGAGAUUGAGGAAAUUCUAGAAAAAUGUGAAAGACUUGCUGUGAAGUGCAAUCAACAAAAAUCUCAGAUCAGAAAGCUAAAUUCAGAACUAUUAAGGUUUAGACAAAUUCUCACCAAACACUUAAAACUCAAAUUGUCAACUAUGUGUUCAAUUUCCCUUAUUGUCCUAAGCAUACUCAAGGUUCAAAGUAACUCUCAGUGGUCUACUAAAAGAUGCAAGGAAGAACUAUCUACCAUACUUGAGGAGAGAUCUCUGAAAAUGGUUAAAAUUCAGAAACAAUCUACUAAGCAAAUUGGGAAGACUGGAAUUGGAUAUGUAUGUGAUUCAGCUGCUAAGAUUAGUCAGAAACACUCAACAUUUGUGAAGGCCACCACUGGAGAAGUAUAUGCAAGAUAUCCCAUGGUGAAACCUCUGAGAUCAAGGUUUGAUAUUUUUGACAACAUUCAAUAUCCUUUGAGUUUCAAUCAAAGAGACUUUGUUACAUCAGUUGCAAGGAACUUCAAGAUCACUAAGAUGUAUAUGAAGAAGUCAGACCUAACUCAAGGAGUGAAAGUUAAAUACAAAGGGUCAAUGGUGAAAUCUAAGAUGAUGUGGAUCCCCAAGAAGCUGAACUCUAUAAGUCUUCUUGUGUAUACAGCUUUUAAAGCCUGCAAUAUUCAGGACAAAUGGUAUGUUGACAGUGGCUGUUCAAGACAUAUGACAGGUGAUGGCUCAAAAUUGAACUCCUUACAGCAGUUUGAUGGUGGAAAUGUUAUAUUUGGAGACAAUCAAAGAGCUAAGAUUGUUGGAAUUGGCACUGUGAGUAAGUCUAAAGAGUUGCCAGAGAUUCAAGAAGUUUUAUUGGUUGAAGGGCUCAAACAUAAUCUCCUAACUGUAAGUCAAUUGUGUGAUAGUGGGAAGGAAGUCUGUUUUAACAAAGAAAAAAGCAAUAUGAUUGAUCUGGAAUCAAAACAAGUUCUGUUCUCAGCUAGUAGAUCUUUAGGAAAUGUCUACACAGUCACUGAAGAAAGUCAGGUCAUCCAAUGUAAUUUAACAACCUGUGAUGAAGCUAAGUUAUGGCACAAGAAGUUAAGUCAUCUUCAUUCAAGGAACAUGUCCAAGAUAUUGAAGCUGAAAGCUGUUAAAGGUCUACCUAACAUUUAUUUUAAAGAUGAUCAUCUUUGUAAAGCAUAUCAACAAGGAAAACAAACUAAAGUUUCAUUCCAUUCCAAGGAAAUCAACUCCUCUAAGGCACUUGACCUGAUAUAUAUGGAUCUUUGUGGACCUACUAGAACCACAAGUAUUGGUGGCAGUAAGUAUUUUAUGAUACUCAUUGAUGACUUCAGCAGAAUGGUGUGGGUUUACUUUCUGAAAGAAAAGUCUGAGGCUAUUACACACUUUAUUAAGUUUGUCAACCUUGUUGAAAAUGAAAGAAGCUGCACUGUGAAGAAACUCAGGUCUGAUUUUGGUUCUGAGUUCACCAUGAAAGAAUUUGAGCACUACUGUGAUGACAAGGGAAUCAAAAAGGAAUUCUCAGCUGUUGCUACACCUUAA